CCUUGCUCUUCAGGUGCAACCACUAUCACAGAGUCAACGCCAGUUCAAGAUGCUGUAACAACUAACCAAAUGAAGGCCACAUCUUUAGAAAAUAGACCAACAAGCCUGGACACAACUACAACUACUGGCCAGAUGUCCUACACCAAGGAACAAUUGAAGUCACUAUGCCAAGGCAUAGAUGAUUAUUCAAAGGCAGGAAAGCGUUUGUUUUUAAGGCUGUUCAAAAGAGAGGAAUAUGUAGGGAGGAGCCUGACUGGGAAAGCGCCAAACAGAAGCACUCCAGCAAAGCCCCGGAUUGAGGACAGAGAAAAAUUACAACUUCUGUAUGAUGUGGUUGCUGAACUCUAUGGUGUCAGGAAGGAGUCACACAUCAACCGGGAGCUUGCUGACCUCCUCAAGCCAAGCCGAUGCCGAUGAGGAAAAUUAGCUGGUUUUAUAGUUCAUGAACAGUUUUCUGUAGUGUUGGGAGGAAAGCAAAUUAACAAUCAAUUAUUGAAAGGAAUACAGUGAACAAUUAAUUGAUCAAUCCAAAUAGUAUAUAUCUUCACUACUUUAAGAACAUGUAAUUUAUAGCAUUUCAUAUAGCACUUUGGACUUCAUUUAUCAUCUGCCAUUUUGACAAGGUGCUGUUAUGCAGUAUUUUCGUACAAUAGUCAAAAUCUAGUUAUCUUGAUUUAAGAGUAUACUUUCCUUUUCUCAAAAUAAGUGAUGACUCUAAUUUUUGUUGAAGUGGUCGAUUUUUGACUAUCAGAACACCACUAGUUUUCUGAAUUAAUAAAAUAACAGCAAUAAGAAUAAUUGUUUUA